UCGCAGAUAACGUAGAUGUGGAGUUUAAGUCAUCAAACACAGAUACUUCCAUUGAGAACAACUCCAAAAAAGAGAUUUAAGUCAUCAAUCUCAGAUACUUUCACGGGAAACAAGAAUCAUGCAUCACAAUAUUGUCUCUAUUCGCGCUCUCAUUUUCUCGAACUUAUCUUUUUUCCCAGAAAAUACUCAUCCGUUACAAACACUUUUUACUUAUACCUUUAUAAAAAAAAUCAUCUCAUCAUCUUUUUCCAUACUGCUCAACAACAAUCUCGACAAUGGCUUCCAGUUUCAACCUUCAUUUUCUUCUCGCAUUCUCUACCAUCCUAGUUCUCUUUCUUUUCGGCUUCGAAACUGCUGGAACAGUUUCAGCAGUAAAUCGAGCUCCUUUCAGCCAAUCAGCUACUGUACUUAUCUUGCCAGUUCUAAAAGACAACACUACCAGCCUUCACAUCGUCAACAUUCGUAAGAGAACUCCUUUAACGUCGAUCCCAUUUGUUGUGGAUCUCAAUGGUAGGUUCUUGUCAGUCAAUUGCGAUAAAGACUAUUUCUCAUCCACCUAUAAUGCUCCAAUUUGCCGUUCAACUCAAUGUUCACUUGUCGGAACUCAUUUCUGCCAAAAAUGUUCUUCUUCCCAAGCUAGGCCCGGUUGCCAUAACAACACAUGCGCAAUCAUAACCACCAAUCCCUUGAACCGCCAACACGUUGUGGGUGAAAUUGCACAAGAUGUUGUCGCAAUCCAAACCCUUAACUAUCAAGCCUCAAAUCCAGGCCGUUUUGUGGUUCUUCGCCGCUUCCUUUUUGCUUGUGUACCAUCAUCCUUCUUACAAGGGCCUUUACCUAAAUACGUGCAAGGAAUGGCUGGAUUUGACCACCACCCGGUGUCUUUACCUAGGCAGAUAGCAUCUCACUUCGGCUUUCAACCUAAAUUCGCCAUGUGUCUCUCUUCUAUGAACAAUCAAAAUGGUGUCAUCUUCUUCGGGAAUGCAACUUAUAGAAUUACCCCCGAAAAUGAUUUCUCUCAAGCUUUGCGGUACACACCCUUGUUUAUUGGGUCACGUGGAGAAUACUUCAUACCAGUUAAAGCCAUCAGGAUAAACCGCAAACAAAUCCAGUUCAACACAACUUUACAUUCAAAAACCAUGAGAACCGGUGGGACGAUGAUCAGCACCACAAGUCCUUACACGGCCCUCGAACACAACAUAUUCCAAGUCGUGACGCAGGUUUUUGCGAAGGAAUUUUCUGCGAUCGGCGCAUCUCAGACAAAUGCAGUUUCACCAUUUGGCGUUUGUUUCAACAAGUUACCUCCUCCGGUGCCAAAAGUUACCAUAGGGGCUCCAAUUAUUGACUUUGUGAUGCAAAAUCGAGAUGUUACUUGGAGUAUUUAUGGAUCAAACUCCAUCAUUCAAGCACGACCCGGGACAUGGUGCUUGGCUUUUGUUAAUGGAGGGUAUAAUCCAAGAGCUUCAAUUGUGUUGGGUGCAUAUCAGCUGGAGGAUCACAUAGUUGAGUUUGAUUUGGCAAGAUCUCGCUUUGGAUUUACUGAAACCUUGUUGUCUAAAUAUACUAGGUGCUCCCAGUUCAACUUUAACUCUACUACAUAAGUGGUUAGAGAAUUGCAGCAUCAAUAAUGAUUCAAUCCUAAUUACUAGGCCAUGUAUACAUUAUGCCUA